GGCACUGAAUUAUCUACCUUGACCUUAUUCACCGUGCCUAUUUUAGCAGUCGGUGUGAAGUCAUUCCCAUCCCACAAUAGGAUGUCUUCACGGUGUCACUGAACAUUGGUGUUCAUGUUGCGGCGCUCCAUUCUUACUCUAUUCUUGUAACGGUAUUAUAGAUCAUUACAUGCGACGUCGCAUGUAAAAAACAAACGUUAUAACGUUUGUUUUUCUCAUCUCAGGGCAACAAAAAGUAAACGUACUGGGAUAGGUGGAACAAGACCUACGUAAGAAAACAAACUCACAUUAGUAACGUUUCAUGGAAUGAUUUUUAAUGCCGUUACAUUCGACUAGCGUUUAAGUAGACUCGUCGCUCAAGCGUUCCAGAUAUUUGGAAAUCAGGAACACACCACCUUGUGUCAUCAGGGAGUUAAUAGCCCGAUGGAAAGAACAAACAGAAAUGUUUGUAGCGGGUUGAAUUAUUUGCCCGUAGUUUUGACUCCAUGGAAAUUUUAGGUUUUUGUUUCAUUCCCACAAAGUUUUUAGUGCAGCUUUUUAAAGAUUUCCAAAAAACUGGUGACAUUCCCCCUCGAAAUUGAUUAUUUGGGCAGGACUGUCACAAUUUGAGGCUUGCGUUACUUAUGGCUGUUGUUUAUUACUUUCUUUGUUUAAUGUAAGUGCAUUGUGUGCGCUUAAUGGGUUGUCAACUUGCUUUUUCCGCUUUUUCUUUCCCAUUCAUCUUCACUUAUGCUACUCUAGUACACAAAGUACCUUUCUCUUAGACGCGAACUGCCACACUAGUAAAGCUAUUUUACCAUCCUUCGUCAGCAAAUCGUCGAUUGUAUGUUGGGAUGAGAUAUCUCAAUAUAUCUUAGCUUAGUGCAUAUCAUUGCAGUGGGUCCACAGGUUCCUGAUAUGCCACCUAACUGUUUAGGAAUAAAAUACGUUUACCUGUUGAAGUACGAAUACUCUUGUUAAACCCCGCUCGCCACCAAAUUUUACGAUGUACCAUCAGAAGAAGGCAUGGUAUAUUCAUGUGUACAACCAAGCACUGAGGAUGGUACCUCACGAAGAAAGGAGGUAGUGCAGCUUGAAAACUGCUGUUCAGUGUGAAUAAUAUGUAUCUGUUUUCCUAUUUCAGGGCAACAAAGAGUUAAUAUCCUUGAAGUAGAAAGACUAGGCUUGUGUAAAGUGGACUUGUAAAUGAUAUAUGAAACUACUUGGUAAAUAAGCUUUCCCUUUUGUAAUAGAUUAGAGUUGUUCGAUUUUUUGAAAUAUAUACGUUGUUCCUGGAACGUCAUGUUCUCCCUCCUCGGACAUUCACUGACCUUAGUUUGUAUGUUGUUGUUUGUAGAUCUCCCUUACCUUCAGAUAAACGCCGAUAACACGUUACAGUAAAUUAAAGCACGUCAGUAGACUUUUUACAAUGCUAUCCGCGAGGGAUUUUUAUCGCUUGGAGAAACUAAGCAGUCAGGGUAAAGUUAAAAGCUCAGAAGAAGGUAUGUCACUGACGGAAAAAUUAAUCAGAUCAUUGGAUACACUAAAUGGCCCUUGCAGUGUAAAUAAAAUUUCAAAACCUUUAGCCUCUGGAACAUCGAAUCAACUAAACGAAAAAAGUAAUACUAAGAAGAAACGGAGGAGAAGACAGCGUAAAUUCUCAGGAAAUGAUGUGUCCUUUGCGACAGAUGUUGGCUGUUCUAAAACUAGAGAUCUCGAAUCCAAUCUAAACAAUGCAGAUUUAACUUCUGAAUCUGAUCAAGAAUUUCAAGAUUUACAUCCAAAGAAACAAAAGUGUGAUCUUAAACAGGUAUUAGACAGUAAUACGAUUGCUGAAAAAGACUGUAUACAGUCUCCUAAAAACGGUAUUUUGAAUGCCCCAUUCCGCUCUGAGACUUUGUCAGUAUCUUCGAAACAGAUUACCAGUAGCUUAAAUCCUUUGAAACAAGGUGAACAAUUACUCAAAGAAAUACUGGAGCCGAUUGCGUUAGAAGAAUUUUUCAGAGUAAAUUAUCAAAAAACUCCACUAUAUGUCAAACGUUCCAGUUCAAAAUGUGGUGAAUGGUUGAAUUAUUCUUUUGUGAAAAAAUUGGUGGACAAGGAAUUUCUCUUUUUUGAACAACAUGUGGAUUUAAUCGAAGACAAAACUCUGAAACAUGAAAUUGUUAAUCCACCUGGUCGAGCUUUUGCUGGAACUGUAUGGGAGCAUUAUUCUCAAGGAAAAGGAAUACGUUUUCACAACCUUCAAACAUUCUCCAGACGUCUCCGCUUUCGUGUAGGUCUUCUGCAAGAGUAUUUCGGUUGUAAUUUUACCGUCACUGCUUACUUGCUAUCGUCGAAACCGACUGAAUUAUCUUUUGAUCAGUUGGACCAUGAUUUAUUUAUUUUGCAGCAAGAAGGUUCACAAAAGUUUCAAAUUUCAAGUAAUAAAACAAACUUGAAAGGUGGAAACAAAAAUGUUUCGUUGGUGAAGUUAAAACCGGGAGAUUUACUUUAUAUUCCUAAAGGAUUUGCUUACACUAUGUCACAUGCUAAUAGUAAAAAUAAGCAUACACUACAUCUCUGCAUCAGUUUUAAUCAAAAAUAUAAUUGGGGCGAUUAUCUGUCUGAAUUGUUACCAAUUAUGAUGAAGAAUGUUGUGGAAAAUGAUCCAGAAUUUGAUAAACCACUUCCUAUUAAUUCUUUUAAACACCUUGGAAUAUUUUUUAAUAAAGAUGCAGCGAAUAAACAUGCAAUUGAAUUUGAAAAAGAAUUUCGUGUACAAACUAUCCAACUAUUGAAACGUUUAAUCAGUAAAAUUGAACAACGUCAAACAUUUCCAAUUCGAAGAUCAAAAACUAUUUAUACAUCAAACCAAGAAAAACAACAAUCCUCUUUUGCUCCCUUCUCAUUGUCAACAAUAACAAUGAAAGCAGAAUCAACCAGUAAAGAAAUUAAUACAACAAAACAACAACCUAAUCCUUAUGAUAAUUUAUUUAUUCAAUCAAUUGAUCCUUUAUAUUUGGCUAUUGAUAAAAUAAUGUUGAAAAUAAUGAGAGGAAGUUGUGCACCCGAAUUGAGUGAAGAUGAACUAAUACGUUCGAUUUUCAAACAGGGAAGCGACAAAUCGAAUCAAUUAACUAUUCAUAGUAAAAUUCGUUUGAUUCGUUCAACAGCGAUACGAUUAAUGUUGACUUAUUUUGAAAAUAAAGAAUCUAAUACUGUCACUGAUGAUAAUACUUCCAAUAGACAGCAUUCUAUAAUUCCCUCAUUUAUGGUAUAUCAUUCUUUAAAUAAUCAAGGCAAUAAUACUGAUAGUAAUGCAAAUGUGGGAAUUGGUUUUCAUAAGAAAUUCCUUAUCGCCCUCAGUCAUCUCAUUCGUAAAUAUCCUAUGUUCAUUCCUAUUCGUUGUUUGCCAUUGGAAAAGCAUACAGAUUGUUUGAAUGUAGCAAUUACAUUUUACAAAUUAGGAUUUAUUAUUACAGAACAUAAAGUGCAUCAAAUUAAUGAUGACGGUGAGGAGAAUACUACCGGAGAAACUAAUGUAGACUAUGUAAAUGUAUCUGAUUCACAUCAUGAUUCUGGAUCUGAGAUAGGCGAAAUGCCGAAACACCCCUCUUCAUUAGUCAAGAAUAUUAAAUACAAAAGAAUUAACCGUGGAGUGACCAAUUUAGGAGUUAAAGAUGACCAGUGUUCCAUCGAUGUUAAUGAUGAAGAUAAUUUAACUGAUGACGAGGACGACGAUUGCAUCAUAACUGAAAAUUGAGAAAAAUAAUUUUUUGGUGUAUAGAGAAGUUGUUGUACAUUUUUCGAUCAUUGUGUAUUCACAAAACGAGAAGCUGAACAACGAGUAAAUCUCCCCCUAUUUUGUUGGUACAUCUCAUUAAAUAAUAAAUAUUGUACUAUUAUGCAAAAUACUUAUUCCUUUUUUUGUUCAACAAAUUUCCUACAACAUAACGGUCUAUUUACCACUGGUAAUUACAAUCAAGAGAACGAUGAAAGUGGUAUUAAUAGAUGAGCAUCUUAAUAGUAUGUUUGGAUAUUGAAGGCGUUUUCCUUUGAUAACGAGGAACUUUUACCGUUCAUAACAACGGUUGUGAUGAAGGUUUACAGUGUAGCAUUGGUUGCGCACUCAUGUGUUUUAUUUUAGUGGUAAUGCAUCGAGCUUACUUAUGAUUAAAUACCUACAAACCACAGUUUCCAUACAUGUAAAAUAAAUAUUGUGCAGCGGCGGUACAUAUACUAAAAUUG